GUCUGCUUGGGGAUCAACUGAUUACAUUUUAUGCAUUUGGUGCAAAAUUAAGACAGUUCCACAAAAAAUGACAGAGGAAGCUGAUUUUAGCGAGCAAAUCACCGAUGGGAAAAACAAAUCAAAUGUGCGCUGCCAGUUUUGCAACAGCUUGAUGCUGAAAGCCCAAGAGGGCACCUACAAUCAGGAGGAGGUGGAUGUGCCGCUGAUGAUGCAGAAGCAGGAUCGAUCGGCGGACAGCCUAAACAGCGAGCCACUGAAGGACUUCUGGCUGGUCAAGGACAUGAUGACGUUCGAGAACAUCGGCUUCUCCAAUACGGUGGACGGCAGAAAGUUCCUGGUUUGCGCGGACUGCGAGCGAGGACCCGUGGGCUACCAUGAUCUGAGCACCCGACACUGCUACCUGGCCCUCAAGAGGGUGGUGCACAAGGACACCUAGCUGCAGCGAUGCUAAACACUUGUGUCCAGUCUCUUGCAAUCCAUUUUACCAUGCCACUUGUCCGCUUAUCUUUAAUGAAUCAGUUUUCCUGGCUACGGAAUAGAAGCGAUUUACUUUUAUUUAGUUAGGGUGAAGUAAUUGAGUAUUUCCUUAAACAUGCACUAUUUGUACACUACCAUCCUCUAGUUACCUCAAGUAUCUAUGCUUUUAGUAAAGAUUGGCAAGCGAAUUCGCUGAAAAUUCGUGAAAUCGAAGGCCUAGUUUGUCGAGUUUAGAUUUAAGCGAAAUAAAACGUUUUUGCGUGCCUGGUUAGCAAAAGAUUGUGCAAGCA